AUGUCUGAAGGUUACAACCUAACACCUUGCUGUGUUUAUGCUACACUGCUUCUGUCAGAAAAUGUAACAUCACAUACACAUAGAAGUAUAAAGAAUUUUACUAACACAACAAAUUGCUGCAUAUUCCAGAAAUCUGAAGAAAAUGUGCACUGUCCUCUUUUCCAGAAACCAAAGCCAAAAAUCUCGGCAUCUCGAAGACUGUUCUUGAAGACCAAACUGCUGAAGAAGGCCAUGACUCUGCUGGAGAGUGAAAAGCAAGUCAGAAAAGAUGAACGAGAGAGAAUCCUUUCUGAGAGAGUGCCAUCCCUCCAACUGUCUGGGCUGUCUUUGCAGGAUCUACAGAACCUUUGCAAAGAACUACACCAAAAAAUUGAUGUAGUUGAUGAAGAGCGGUACGAUAUUGCAUCUAAAGUGUCAAAAAAUGACAUGGAGAUACAGGACCUGUCUCAGAAGAUCUAUGAGCUCAAAGGCAAGAUGAAGAGACCAAACCUGAAGAGGGUGCGGGUGUCGGCUGACGCCAUGCUGGGAGCUCUGCUGGGUGCUAAGGUCAAAGAGUCUGUGGACUUCAAGGCCAACCUGAAGACAGUGAAGAAAGAGGAGGAGAAGAAAGAGGAAGUGACUGACUGGCGUAAGAACGUGGAAUCCAUGUCUGGUAUGGAGGGCAGGAAGAAGCUGUUUGAUGCUGGGCAGUAGAUCUGAAGUGAAUAUCUCUGUGAAGAUGCUUGCUGCUCUUAAACAGCUGGAACCAGUGAAAUUUGUAACGACAGGGAAAGUGAAGACCAGUCAAAGUGCAGAUUCUGGCACAGUUCAUGUUUCAAGUGUUUGUUUGACUGUUAAUAGUAAACAAAGUGUCUUUAGGUUAAUUCUAUGAAUACAUAUUGCAUUUGCAUUAUGUAUGCCAUGAAAAUAUAUGCAUUUAAUCUAAUAGUGCACUACUUUGUAGUUUUUAGCAUCCUAUAUAUGCAUGAGUACAGCACACCAUCCAUUAUCUAUGUCCUCUCAAUAAUGUUGCCUUGCCUCUUUCAUAUUCACAAAAUCUCCAGUUUUCACAGGAAAUGCAUGUGGACAAAUGACAAAGAAUUUUUCCUUGUCCCAUUAUUAUUUUGCCCAUAUUGCCUUGAAAAGCUUAAGCUUCUUCAUUAUACUGGAGUGAUAAAGAGAAUGAAUACACAUUCCAGGGGCAGCUAAUGUUGAGCUCAACUGUGCAUGGAAACACAUCAAGGUGAGCAUCCUUGAAAAUGAAUGUGUUAUUAAACUUAGACAUUAUGAGCAGAGCGGUGUUAAAAUUUGCAUAUCAAAUAAUAAAAUGUAUUUGACAUUGCACAGAA